CAGGUGCGCAAUCAGGUGUAACGAAAGUGCAGGGUUUAUAUACCUUGGUGACAGUGCUUAUUUAUGUGCAUUUUCUGUUUGAAAUAAGGCAUUACCCUUUAUAUAAUCCCGACUGAGUAGCACUGAAAUGUAGGAUGUACGUCCACACCUUGUGUUAAAGGGGUCUGUGGAUUAUUCGGGGGCUGAAUGGAUUGCUGCAAUAAAAAAGAAAUAUGGCGGAUAAUGACUUUUCGAGUGGUGUUUAAUUUUUUUUAUGUGUAAAGCAGUACUAUAUUAAAUAGAAAGAAAGCAAGUAAUAUGUGGCUCACAUUACAAAAUAUGGAUUUCUAUUCCUCUACUAGAAGGUUCAUGUUGGGAGGACUAACAGCAGUAUUGAGACUAGCAGGACUUGUACUCUUACAUGAGUUUAUAUUGUGGAUGCAAGAUAGGGGCACUCUGGGGACGUAUGAUUCUCUCUUUGGCGUGAUCCUGAUAACUCUGCUGUUCCUCUUCCCACCACAGGAUAUGCUUUUUACUCUGUACAAGAUACAUGGAUAUCACUUUUAUUUGUGGCUGCUGCUUUACCCUCCAAAUAAAUUGAAAUUUCAAGACUUCCAUUACCAAUUUUCAAUCAUGAUCAUAACCAGUCCCUUGCUGUUUAUCGGAAAGAAAUCUGUUUUGGUAUAUAUAGUAAUUAUGGUUUACCGGCUAAUAAUUUGGAAAUAUUUAGGAUUAGAGAUGGAUUCAUAUAAAGAAAGUAAACUCUUAAAAAUAACAGAAUAUUUUUUCAUCUUUUAUGCACUCUAUUGCUCUAUAAAGUUAUUUAUCACUCUCGUCAAGCUCUUCAUAGUCGAAGCUUUAAAGAUUAUCCAACUGGUUAGAACCCAUGGGUUGUACUCUGUGACUAUUUUAACUGAUUUCAUAUCAUCACGUGUACUAUCACAACUGUUUUUGUUUUGGAUUGCUUAUUUUGCGAUCGCAAUAAAAAAGGGCUAUGAGACCAUGGAUCAAGAGACAAUGUCAAGGGAGGACUUGCAGGUGUCUGUGUGCAACUGUACUGACAUGUGUCGGUCCAUUGUUGGCUUAGCUGCCGCUAGUGCUGCUGUGUCAUAUAUAUCGCAUUAUCUACGAUUGAUUUCGAGAUUAUUUCUUCACGGCUGCGAAAAUGUGACUGCUUUAUCUGAAUCUAACAAAUGUUAUCAAGAAGGAAUGGUCUUCUUUUCAAUUGUCAGAUUUGUACUGUCAAAGACGGACUUUCAAGAACGUGACCCAAACAAUCAAGUUGGAUUUAUACUCCUUCUUGUUGUAACAAUAUUUUUAAAUAGCGUUCAUCAAUUGUUGGACUCGGAGAUUUUCCCGCUUCGUGCAUUUCCAGCUAUCCAUAUUUUCAAGUCAAUCCGAGUUCUGAUUAUGUACGGCCUACUCCUGCCCUUGUUUUUGUACGUUGAUCAUGCGGUGUGUAUGCUUGUUGGUUUUGACAUUUCCUUUCCAAUUGCAAUAAUGGGAUUGUCGAAAUGUAUCCAAAUCAUUUUUACCAUCGACAUGUAUUAUACUAUAUCAAUACGUCAUGUUAUACGUUCCCUUGACAGUGUAAACUACGUGAAAUCGAGGCUUCAGCUACUGGACUGUAGCAUGCGUCGGAGGAUUCAGCACGAUUCAGAUUAUUUUGUAUGCUUUACUUUGCUAUCACAGUGUUCGGAAUGUAUUUCAAAUAGUUUCGUCUUAAGAAGAGAAGCUAGUAAAAGCUUAUUUAGAAACAAAUCUUAUAUGUCGUCUGCUAAACUUACCCAAAACUCCCUGCGUGAAUUGGAUAAGCAAGGAUGAUACUGAUGGGAUGGUUUGUUGUUGUUGUUGUUGUCUUUUCUUGUUGUUGCUGUUGAGUUCUUGGUGGUGGG